ACUUCUCAGAGCUGAAUUGAACAAAGCGUUCUCCCAUGAGGCUGGAAGGUGCCAGAAUGGACUUGAUCAAAAAAAUAUGGACGGCUCGGAAACUAAUUCUCGUGGUGAUGAUUCCUUUAUCGCUGCUGCCUCUGCCUCUCAUCCACCCGUGCAGUGAAUCAUCGUGUGCGUAUGUCCUGAUCGUGACAGCGGUGUACUGGGUAUCUGAAGCCGUGCCGCUGGGAGCCGCUGCACUCGUCCCGGCCUUCCUCUACCCGCUGUUCGGGGUCCUCAAGUCCAGUGAGGUGGCCUCUGAGUAUUUUAAGGACACCACGCUGCUGCUGAUGGGGGUGAUCUGUCUGGCCGCCUCCAUUGAGAAGUGGAACCUGCAUAAACGCAUCGCUCUGCGGAUGGUCAUGAUCGCCGGGGCCAAACCUGGCAUGCUGGUGUUGGGCUUCAUGUGCUGCACGGUGUUUCUCUCCAUGUGGCUGAGCAACACGUCCACCACGGCCAUGGUGAUGCCCAUCGCUGAAGCCGUGCUGCAGCAGCUCAUCUGCACCGGCAUCGCCGACUCCCUCGAAGACUCGCUGACCGUAGACACGCAGGACGAGGAGAGCGACAAAGAGGAAAACCAAGAAUCGAGCAAGAAUCACCUUGAGCUGCUGGACCGCAAACACAAUGAAAAACAUCAAGUCCGUAUACUGAGUGAGGAGUUGAAUGGUCUGACAUUAAAGCCUGGUUUCGGUCCAGAGUUUUAUAAAGAAUCAAACGGAUAUCUGCCCGAGGCUCCAAUCAGCAUCCCUGCGCCGCCAAGGAAACCCAAGAUCCGGCGGGAUUCGCUGUACCCCACCAAUAGAGACCACAUGAUCUGCAAGUGCCUGUCUCUGAGCAUCACGUACGCAGCCACCAUCGGCGGCCUCAUCACCAUCACCGGCACCUCCACCAACCUCAUCUUCGCCGAGCAAUUCAACAAUCGUUACCCAGAAGCGAAAGUCAUCAACUUUGGCACGUGGUUCAUCUUCAGUCUGCCGAUCGCUCUGAUCAUGCUGAUGCUCACCUGGAUCUGGCUGCACUUUCUCUUUCUGGGAUGCAAUUUCAGAGAGACUUGCUCUCUCAGCAAGAAACGCAAAACCAGGCGAGAAAUCCUGUCCGAGAAGCGCAUUCAUGAGGAGUACCAGAAACUCGGCCCCAUCAGCUAUCCUGAAGUCGUGACGGGCAUCUUCUUCGUUCUGAUGACUGUACUUUGGUUCACCAGGGAGCCGGGAUUCGUCCACGGCUGGACGUUGCUGUUUGAGAAGAAAGGCUACAGGACUGAUGCCACGGUGUCUGUGCUGCUGGGAUUCCUCCUCUUCCUCAUCCCGGCUCGAAAGCCCUGGCCAUCUGCGUUCUCCAGCGAGAGCAAAGGUGAUGAUGACGAUGAGGAGGAAGAGGAUCCUCUGGCCCCCAUGAUCACGUGGAAAGACUUCCAGAGACUGAUGCCGUGGGAGAUUGUUAUUCUGGUGGGAGGAGGAUACGCACUGGCUGCUGGAUGCAAGGUGUCGGGUCUGUCCAUGUGGAUCGGUCGGCAGCUGGAGCCGAUGAGUGGUCUUCCUCCGUGGUAGAUGGAGGUGUUAUUGUUAUUAUUGUCUCCUGUCCCUCAGUCCGAGACGCUGCACAUCAACCCUCUACACACACUCAUCCCCGCCACCAUGUGUGUGUCCUUCGGCGUCAUGCUGCCGGUCGGAAACCCGCCGAACGCCAUCGUGUUCAGCUACGGACACGUGCAGAUCAGCGACAUGGUGAAGGCCGGUUUUGGAGUGAAUCUGAUCGGGGUUUUUGUGGUGAUGUUGGCCAUCAUGACGUGGGGCGAGCCACUCUUCCACCUGAGCGAGUUUCCCACCUGGGCUCUGAUGCCGAAUGUCACGGGCAGCUUGUAGCUGUGUUUGAUCGAGGACAUGGCACAUACACUGAAGGAGGCACAUAUACGUGAUUAAGGCCUUAUUUUUUAUAUCCGUGGAGUAAGAGGAAGUCCGUCGGAGGAUGCAGAACUGCUCACUGGGACUGAAUGAACGGCGCGAUCGCUGGAAACCAUUCUAUAUAGCAAAGCAUUAGAUGUAGAUUAACAUCUCUCCAAGUUUACGUGCCUACAAAACACAAUCAGCGAUGUUUGUGUGAAAACACCGAAUGCUUUAUUUUCUGACAUCUAACAAAUGUCGCGAUGCAUUUGCGUUAUUUACUUUGUUAGGUUUGUGCAUCAGAUGAAGUCGCUGCUGAAAUCACGCAUAGUAUCUAACAUGCUCUUACCAAAUGUUACAUAGCUCAUGUUGUCUGGUUAUGGAAGAUAGUUUCAAACGUUACACACAAAUCCUGGCAA